AUGCGAACUUAUUUGAUUUAUAAGUUGUAGAAAAUGAAAUAUAUGAUGACGGUAAUAUUAUAUUAGAUAAUUAAUGCUUUAAUUGCAGAUUUUAAUGCCCAAUAAAUUGUUAAACUUGUAAUAUAUAUAUAAUAAUUUGUGGAGAUGAAAAGUGACUGGUUUAGAAAAAUGUGA